CCUAUGUGGGUCAGAAUAGAACUGUGCUCCGUGGGGUUUUCAGUGGCUGGUUUUUCAGAAGUAGGUCACGAGGCCUUUCUUCUGAGGCACCUCUGGGUGGACUCGAACCUGCAGCUUUUUGUUAGCAGCUGAGCACGUUAACUAUUUGCACCACUCAGGGACUUGUUCUAGACCAAAAGAGGCUAAUGAGUAUGGUAAGCAGAUACAACUGAGACACUGGAUUAAAAAAUCAGUAAAGGCCAGAGCUGGGGGAAGGAAUCAGAGACUACUACUGGAUCAUCAUGAAAUUGCUUGAGGGUGAUAAUAGUAUUGUGGUUACAUUGGAGGAUGCCCUUCAGGGAAACGUGUUGAGGUAUUUAGCAAAGUAUCAUGAUGUCUGCAGUUUACUUUGAAAUGGUUUAGGGAAGUAUACAUAUCCCCAUACACACCUCCAUAAAACCCAAGCCCACUGCUGUCAAGUUGAUUCUGACUCAUAGCGACCCUAUAGGACAGAGUAGAGCUGCCCCAUAGAGUUUCCAAGGAGCACCUGGCGGAUUCGAACUGCUGACCUCUUGGUUAGCAGCUGUAGCACUUAAGCACUACGCCAUCAGGGUUCCCCACACCUCCACAGAGAGGCGUAAAGCAGAUGUGGCAAAAGGUAGCCAUUGGUGACUCCAGGGGCAGGGUAUUUGGAUGUUCAUUGUGCUAUUCUUUCAGCUUUUCUGUGGCUUUGACAUUUUUCAAAAUAAUAAGAUGAGGAGAGAAGAAAAAAAAAAAAGAAAGAAACCUUUGUUACAUCCGGAAUUUAUUUUGGGCUCUCCUGGGUUAUUGCCCUAGGUUUCUGGGUCUUUCCCCAUCUUUUACUGCACACAUGGCCUUCUGUUUUCUUUUCUCUUAGGAACUUCUUUUUGGGCGAAUCAUUCAUUUUGGGGCUUGGAAGUUUUGAUGGACGAGGUAUUUUUCUGGCAGACUUAUAUGACUUUUCUAGAAGCAGGGCGGCACCUUCCUAUUUCUCCUUAGCCGCUGCCCUCCCCGUCACAGUUGAGCACCUGUUUGCCUGAAGUUAAUUUCCAGAAGCAGGGAUCCCCAGCACUGGGCCGGGGGGAUGAACCGUGAGGGGGCUCCCGGGAAGAGUCCGGAGGAGAUGUAUAUUCAGCAGAAGGUCCGAGUCCUGCUCAUGCUGCGGAAGAUGGGCUCAAACCUGACGGCCAGUGAGGAGGAGUUCCUGCGCACCUACGCAGGUGUGGUCAACAGCCAGCUCAGCCAGCUACCGCAGCACUCCAUCGACCAGGGUGCCGAGGACGUGGUGAUGGCGUUUUCCAGGUCGGAGACGGAGGACAGGAGGCAGUAGCCGUAGACCCCUCGAAACACCCUGGAAGCUGGCACGGGCCCAGAGAUCUGUGUGGACCGGAGGCCGGCUGAGUGGCAGCACACCCUUGCCCCACUGCCUUCCCUGCUUCCCCACCCCUCCCCCUGCCACUCACCUGGGCGGCAUCGAGGGCGACCCCAGAGGUGCAAUUACAUGGGCUUAAAGGGAUGGACUUUGUGAUUGGCUACAGGACGAAACCUUUUUAUUUUUAAAUCUUGACCAAUGGAAAUCUUUUCUUUUUAUUUGUGACUCUUUUUUUUAAAAAAGUAAUUCCUUGGGAUGCUCUUCCCUGGAAGCUCCCGGAGCCCUGGUGCUUUAUUUAGUACAUUUUUGAGGCAAUGUAAAGAGGUCUGAUUUGAUUGGCUGCCUAAACUGGAACUGGAUUUUGAUUGGCUGGUUAGUGGGGGGACAGCCUUCUCUUUGAUUGGCUGCAGGUGUUCUAAUGAUGUCAACAGCUGCUCUAUUUUGAAGGCAGGAAACAUGUUUUGGGACGUUGGUUAUUAUAUCUGACUUGAAAAAAAAAAAAGAAACCAAGUGCGCUUUGCAAUAUUUAUUACACAAAGAGCUUGCUGCUGCUUUUACAUUUUUGGUUUGUGUUUGAAUUUGAUUGGCUUUUGAUACGUGUGUUUGGUUUCCCUUUGGCUGACCCAUGACUCCCGUUGCCAUGGAGUCACCCCCACUUCGCUGCUUGCGGUCUGUUCCUUUCUGAGGCCCUGGAGUCCACCUGGAGAGCGCGUUUGCUUUAACAGCCACACCUGCUUCCACCGACAAGGCGACCCCAAGCGCCCCCAGCAGGGUCCACAGCUGGAAAACUGGGCCUGCAGGAGCUCUGUGUUGUCCUGGGCGAGCAGCCCUGAGCUAGAGGUGACCAUUAUUAGCAGGAUUUAUAUGCACCAAUUUUGGGAGCUGGCGAGCAGCCACCAGUGUGGCAAGGAUGAAAUGGCUCAGGCACCUUUCCUCUCCAGCCAGGCUAUGCUAGCCAAGGAGUGCGGCCAGGGCAGCUCUGGCCUCUCAGCCACCCCUCCAUACCCACUUCCUGAGGCCUCCUCCAGGGGCUCCUCCUGGAAAGGGAAGAGGUGGCCCCCAGCUGUGAGACCCUGCAGUGUGGCAGAUGUCUCUCUGCCCAGGAGCCUGGAACCCACAGAAAAGCUCAAGCUGGGCUCACAGACCUGGAAGGCCUUUGGCCCUCCAAAUCCCAAUCCCAGACCUGCCCCAGCCCGACUCCCAAUGCUUCUACCGCUGGGGCCACGUGGUCCCAGCCUGCACUUGGAGGCCCUCCUCUGAGUGCCACCCCACUCUGCACUGCCUUUGGGAGGGACAUCGUCAUCACUUACUUAUGAAGGGCCCUCUUGCCAGCUGGCUGGGGUUUCCUUGAGCAAGUCCCACCUGGCUAGUCCCAACCCCAGCCCCCAGAAACUUGUUUCAGAGCAAUAGUCUGAGCAGGUGAGGCCCAGGACUGGUAGAUAGUGUUAGCAUAGGGACCUGAAGUCUUCCCACCUGCCCACCUCCUUUCCCUGGAGGGUGUCCCCCCUCCCCCGUCUCCUAUGUUGCUUACGGGUGUGGGUCCUUUGGGGAUAGUGGGGGAAGAUGCAGAGGCCUUAGGGAGGGGAAGCCUCCAGCUUGUCCCAGUGGUAUUAGAUGGCUGAGACCCCCUUCUUGGCCUGGGUACCCGGAACUGGAAGAAGACUCUGACAGCCGAAUCUUCAUGCCUUCUCAGGCUGAGGGCCUCAGAGGCUUCUGUGUGUAAAGCAGCGUGUGGGAGCCCCUGCCAACAUGUCUUGGGCCCAGUCCCCCCGGGAGAGCCCCAUUGUCAGUGGGUGGUUCAUGCUGUGCUCUGACCAUGGCCAGAGCCUUGCCCCAGAAGGAGGACUUGAGUGUCAUGGCCAAGGCACUCACAUCCCCCAGCUCACAGUGGACCCUGGGACAGGUUGGCCAACAGUUAACCUGCAAAGGCCAGGGAUUCCCAGGGAUGAGGACGGGGGGACACAUCUAUAGCCCAAACCCAGCAGGGCCCUGACAGCGUCUUCCCCAAGGAGGGGUAGUACGUGUGUUGCGCAACAUGUGUAUGUGGGUGCACGCAUGCAAGCUUGCACACACACCCUCACGCCUAGUUCAGUGGCCUGGCCCUCCAGCUGAGCCCCUGGGGAGAGGUGAGUUUUUUAAGUCCCCUUUCCCUGAGGUUGUAACAUCUGGAAUCAAGUGUCAGCGCCAGUACUGCUGGAUGCGCCCCUCUUUCUGUAACUGUAGUUUUUAUAAAGGGUCUUCAUCCAGGUCAGUCAUGUGUCCUCUGCCGACAUGUCCUCGUCAAGACCCCAGGGCUCGCUCUUGUAAUAAUGGCCACCCUGAUCAGUCUCAUCUUCUGAAGAAGAAAAGGGAAAGUGUUGCUUCAUAUUUCCACUAAAAAUAUAUCUGUUGGAGAAAAAAAUUAACAAUAAAGAUUUUUAAUAGCUUGGUGUGUGAGUUGAUUUCUCUCACAGAGGCGGGCACCCUGACUGGUGUCUUUGCAUUGCUUGACAUCUGCUUCUGGUGGCCCCAAGGAGGUCCACGGUGGUGAUGAGAACACCUGAGUUCAAUGGCUGGCUGAGAGCUGGAUGGGAGCUAGGGGUUUGGAAGAACUCCCAGGCGUGUCCGGCCCAGCUAAUGGGUGCUUAGGAGGUUGGUCCCCUGUUUGUCCUAAAGAUUCUGAGUAUCAUCCCAGAAGGGGUGGGGUUAGUUAUCUCUAGGGGCGACCUCACCCUUCCAUGCUCUUGAACAGACACACUGAGCACCCCAUGUGGGUUUGGAGACCAUCACAGACACCCCAAAACCCUCAUGUGACAGCAGUGGCCUUAGAAUGCUUGUAACAAGAGUCCAAAAUAAUAUUCUUUCAGUCUUCCUGUUGGUGCUUGGCUGUAUAUUCAAGUUUGGAAGCCGAAGUCAUUUCUGUUUUAGGAAUUUUUGCUUUGGUAGCAUUUUUUAGGAUUUUUCAUUUCCACCCUGCACAAUCCCACUUUAAGUCUUCACUGCUUUGCUGCUUACGUGGACUCCCUGUUUGGAUUUCCUUUUCAAAGAGUUUCACUGGGUUCUCGAUGUGAUGGGGUUUAUAGGAUAUGGGGGUGCACAAUCAAAAUCACCGAAUCUUGAUGUUGGAAGAGAUGUUGGAGGUCAUCUAGCAGCCCAUCCAGUGGCCAAAUGGCUGGGUCCCCUCUGGAACGUCUCCGAAUAGAGUUUGUCCAGCCUUUGCUUGAAUACUCUCUAGGACUGGGGAACUAACUGCCUCACAAGUUAACCUGUUCCUUGUCCAGGUAAUUUUAUAUUGAGUUGGUCUGCCUUUUGCCAUAACAUCCCUGUCCAGAAAGGAGUUUAUAGGUAUUGACGGAAAAACAAAAACAAAAGAUAGCUGUGUUAGCAAAAAAAAUUAAAUAGAGACACAUGUUCAAGAGCCCAGCCCACCUUAGGUAAAUUUUGUGUAGAUUCCUUCUCCCGUCAGUGUUCUGAGUGACACUGUUGGUUGUAGUUAAUCUAGUUAAUCGGCUCUUCUAAGCUGGGCCACUGAGCAGAGGACAAGGAGCUGGCUGGCCCUGAUCUUACCUGCCCAGUGCACCCCCGCCCCUCCCCAGCAGAGAGCCUGUAACAGAAACCAGGAAGGAGGAAGGUUGCUCCCAGAGCUGUCUAACCUGUCAGGUCUCUAAUGAGAAUUAGGUCAUGUAAGAUGAGAAAAGGACACUCCAGCAGGCGAAGGGAAAGCAUUUGACAGCACAGGCUGGGUCUUCCAGGGUCCCUCAGCCCACACAAGCAGGCAGCAUUCUGGGUUUGCUUUCCCAGGUAUAGGUGUGGGUCCAGUAAUGACCCCAAUGGGCAGGAUUGGGAGUCAGAGGCAGCUGGGGGUCAGGCUGAGCUUGGGGGAGACCUGGAACAGGCAGGGAGGGAGGCAGAGCACCCCGUCUUUUGUUGGUGUAACCCAGGCCUGGGGAAGGGGAGGCUGAGAAUGAAUGAAGCGCUUCUCUCUGUCCCUGCAGGUGAAUAGCAGCUGUGAGUCCAGCCUUUGAACAGAGCCCUUUGUAUGAGGGAAAUGAUCUCCUCCAUGGGGCCUGGGAGUAGGAAGAGGGCAAAAAUCGACUUCCGAGGAGGGGGGUGGCACUCCAUGGUGCCCCAGGGGAUCCCACCGCACCUGUCCCUCCUGAAAAGGUGGGUUCUCUCCAGCUGCUCCUGGCCAUCUGCCUCUUUCCCAGAGGAUGAAAGAGGCCCAAGCAAAACUGAGACCACAUGUAGAAAUCCCUGGGCUGUCCAAUGGAGGAAUUUUCUCUUCUAAGCAAUGUCUGGGUGCUUGAGAGAUUUGGGGAGUGAUGGGAGUGUGUGACGACCAAUCUUAACGAAAAGUCCUAAUCAGAGGACGAGGGCAGAGAAAUUCUUUCUGGAUCUCUGUCACUGUAUUGCCUUUACCUUUCCUGUUGAUAAUUGGGACUAUCUCCCUCAUCAAUGGGGUAGACUUCCCAGGCUGGUAGGAACUUCCCAGGCUUCCCAGUGGGGCCUUCCCUUCCCUGGGGCAGGGAAGUUGGGAGCUGUUGACACUGGAGCUGAACCACACCCUGCCCGCUCCACCCUGCCUGGGCCUCUUCCGGAGUGUCUAGAGAAGGUGGAUUGUGUACAACAGAUGGCCGCCUUGUUGGCACACCUGGGAGAGCCCAGCCACACCCUCCACAGCCCAGGAGAUGACUUCAGACCAGAGUCUGAGUCUCUGAGGUUUUCUGCCUCCCGCCCUUGGCCUUGACUGUGUUCUUCUGUAGAAGGAGGUGCAUUUUCACAAACAUCUUUUUAUACAGGUGUCUCCCAUGUCUGGAAACGCUGGUAGUGUAGUGCUACGGCUGCUAACCAAAGGGUUGGCAGUUUGAAUCCACCAGGCGCUCCUUGGAAACUCUAUGGGGCAGUUCUACUCUGUCCUAUAGGGUCGCUAUGAGUCGGAAUCGACUCGACAGCACUGGGUUUUUGGUUUUUGGUCUCCCAUGUCUGAGACGUGGUUAAGCUUUUCUCUGCCCAGUUUUAAUAGCAUAACUAAUGAGCUACUUGUGUACAAGCUCUACCUCUUCAUACACGUCAUCCUCAGAAAUGUAUGAAAUAUUUUAUUGUCCCUGUUUUGCAGUUAAGGACAGAGGGGUUAAAUAGUUUGCUAAGGGUCAGCAAGUUUCAGCUAGAAUUUGAACCAAGGUUGUCUGACCCCAGAGUCCAUUCUUCUAACCACUUCCACUUUUGACAGGGGUGGGCGGAGUGGGGGAUUAAUCCUGCAGUCACUAAGCCACCCAGUAGAAGGCCAGUGACACAGAGGCCCCUUCACCCCAGUCCCUCAUUUGGCUGAUCUGUCAAAGCCGAGACCACUCAAUGUUUGAGCCUGUUCUCCAAGGCUGCCCAUGUCUGGCUGUUGUCGUUAGGUGUCAUAGAGUCGAUUCAGAAUCAUAGCAACCCCAUGUGACAGAGUAGAGUUUCCUUGGCUGUAAUCCUUACAGGAACAGAUCACCAGGUCUUUCUCCCUCAGAGCCUCUGGGUGGGUUUGAACUGCCAACCUUUCGGUUAGCAGCUGAGUUCUUAACCAUUGUACCACCAGGGCUCCUUUUGUAAUGGUUAGUCUAGAAAAUCCUUUGGGGCAGUUCUACUCUGUCACAUGGGAUUGCUAUCAGUUGAGAUUGACUCAGGGCACCUAACAACAAUACUUUCUUUACAGAAGUAGGCCUUUCUUCCAAGGCACCAGUGGGUGGGUUUGAACCCCCAACCUUUCAUUGCCGAGUGCUUAACUGUCUCGCUACCCGGGCUCCUUUGUCUGGCUAUAGUAGGUUGUUGACAAGUAUUUGUCACUUAAGUCCUGUGCUGGGCCCUUAUUCCAGUCCUCAUCUCCAGGUUGCUCUCAGCCUCUUCACAAAACUGUCUCCCACCAAUUUACAUUCCUGGCCCGGUACCCCUGCACCUCCCCUGAACACCAAUCCUGACUCCCGCUCCUCGCCCUUCAUGCCCCUCUGAUGCCCACCCAAGCACACCUGACAGUUCCCUUCCAGGCUAGGCUAGUGUCUAGGACUGCUAUAACAGAAGUACCACAAGUGGAUGGCUUCGGCGAAGAGAAAUUUAUUCUCUCAGUUCUAGGAGGCCAGAAAUCCGAACUCAGGGCACCAGCUACAGGUGAAAGCUU